AUGCCGCGCUCGCCGGCCUCCAGCGAGGAGGAGGAGGGCGGCCGCGGCUCCGAGUACCCCGAGCCCGACUCCGACUCCGGCAGCUCCCGCGAGGGACCCCCCGGGCCCGGCCGCGCCCCCCGGCCGCCCCCCGAGGAGGCGCAGUUCAGCAUGAUGGUGUUCCGCAUCGGCAUCCCCGACCUGCACCAGACGUUCCGGUACAAGACCCGGGUGUACAAACAAACCAACCUGGACGAGAAACAACUCGCCAAGCUCCACACCAAGACGGGGCUGCGGAAGUUCCUGGACUACGUCCAGCACGGCUCGGCCGAGAAGGUGGCGCGGCUGCUGGAGCGGGGGCUGGACCCCAACUACCACGACUCCGACUCGGGGGAGACGCCGCUGACGCUGGCGGCGCAGCGCGAGGGCCCGGCCGAGGUGGAGAUCAUCCGGCUGCUCUGCCUGGGCGGGGCCCACCUGGACUUCCGCGCCCGCGACGGAGCCACAGCGCUGCACCGGGCGGUGUGCACGCGGCGCUACCCCGCCCUGCUGGCACUGCUGGACCUGGGGGGGUCCCCGAACUACAAGGACCGGCGGGGCCUGACCCCCCUGUACCACACGGCCAUGGUGGGCGGGGACCCGCGGUGCUGCGAGCUGCUGCUCUACAACCGCGCGCACAUCGGCACGGCCGACGAGAACGGCUGGCAGGAGAUCCACCAGGAGAGCUGCGCCCGGAUCCUCCUGUACCGAGGGGCCAACAAGGAGGUGAAGAACAACAGCGGGCAGACGCCGUUCCAGACCCCGAUUCGAGCGUCGGGAGCCGCAGCUCGGGGCUCCCGGGGCCGUGCCGGGGGUCUCAGCCCCGUCCCCCCGGUGCCCCCCAGCUCCAGCGGCCUGAGCCGGGAGCCGGGCGCGGGGGGCACCCCCGGGGGCACCCUGGGCUCGCGGGGCGUGAAGAGGAAACUCUACUCGGCCGUGCCCGGCCGCACCUUCCUGGCCGUGAGACCCUACCAGGCGCAGGGCGAGGGCGAGCUCAGCCUCAGCAAGGGCGAGCGCAUCAAAAAAAAAUCCGGGGGGCACAGAAAAAAAAAAUAGCCCCGAAAUAGCCCCAGAAUAGCCCCCAAAAAAACCCCAGAAUAGCCCCAAAAAAACCCCAGAAUAUCGCGCAGCGAGAAGGCGAAGCGGCUCUUCCGCCACUACACCGUGGGCUCCUACGACAGCUUCGACGCGCCCAGUUUUGGGGUUGAUUUGGGGUCCGAUUACAUCAUCAAGGAGAAGACGGUGCUGCUGCAGAAGAAGGACAGCGAGGGCUUCGGCUUCGUGCUGCGCGGGGCCAAGGCGCAGACCCCCAUCGAGGAGUUCACGCCCACCCCGGCCUUCCCGGCCCUGCAGUACCUGGAGUCGGUGGACGAGGGCGGCGUGGCCUGGCGGGCGGGGCUGCGCAUGGGCGACUUCCUCACGGCCCCGCCCCCCCCGCGGCGCCUCCCGGCCCCCCCGAUCUCGCUGCGCUCCAAGUCCAUGACCUCGGAGCUCGAGGAGAUGGACAAGCUGGACGAGAUCCUGGCGGCCGCCCAGCAGAGCAUCAGCGCCGGGGAGGGGCCGGGGGCACCCCUGGGACCCCCCCUGGGCAAGGGGGGGCGCCCCAAAGGCUUCUUCGGCCCCGAGGGUCCCUUCGAGCGCCCCCUGCUGGCCCCGGGGCCGCCGCACGGGCUGGUGCUGCGCCAGAAAUCCAUCGGUGCGUGCCCCAAAAUCCGGGAAAAACACCCCAAAAACUCCUGGCUGACCGACUCCUCCGCCCCUGCCCCGCCCUCCCCCGCCAAGCCCCUCCCCCCGGGCCCCGCGCUGUUCCCCCAUUGGCCGAAGCCGGCGGUGGGCGUGGCCGCGGAGCUGGAGCCGCGCCCGCCGCUGCGCCGCGCGCCCAGCCCGGCGCCGCCGCCGUCGGAGCGGCGCGGCAGCCCCGCGCCCCGGCCCGCCUCGCUGCCCGCGCUGCCGGCCGCGCCGCUCUACGCCGGCGCCUACCUGGAGCUGCGCGGCGCCUUCCCCGAGCCGCCCGCCGCCCGCUCGCUGUCCCCGCCCCGCGCCGCCGCCCCCGGGAAACCCUUCGGCGCCAAGCCGCUGGCGUUCUGGAGCAAGUUCGACGUGGCGGACUGGCUGGAGUCGCUGAACCUGGGCGAGCACCGGGCGCGCUUCCUGCACAACGAGAUCGACGGCACGCACCUGCCCGCGCUGACCAAGGAGGAUUACAUCGACCUGGGCGUGACGCGCGUGGGGCACCGCAUGAACAUCGACCGCGCCCUGCGCCUCUUCCUCGAGAGGUGA